AUGUCCGUACAGCGCUCACCGCCUCAAAGCAUACACGGCGACGAAGAGGCGCCUGAAAAUGCGUGCAGGGAUGACCCACUGCGAAAUAGGUACGGAGCAAUAUCGAGGGCCGAGACCGAGACACCUGAAGAAACUGGGAUUUAUAGCGCCAAGUUGAUCAAGUUACCGCCAUUUUGGCGAGAUAACCCGACAGAGGUUAUUCUAUAUCUAGAUACUACCGUACUACCGUUCGUGUCAGACAUCGUGACCUUCCCGCCUGCAACGAACAAGUACGACGAACUGAAACGGAGAAUCAUCGACGCGUUCGGUGAGACGAGCGAAACAAAGCUGCGAAGACUGCUACGUAACCACGAGUUGACGGACGACAAGCCAUCUAAUUUUCUGCAAAAAUUACGUAAUUUAGCAGGGGGUCAGUGCAGCGACAUUGUUCUACGCACGUUAUUUCUGGAACAACUACCAGACAACGUACGUAGUAUCUUAGCAAUCAGCGAGGUAAGCGAUUUAUCCAAACUAGCGUUACAAGCAGACAAGAUUUUAGAUAUGUCAAAGGUUAACAUAAGCCAGGUCUGUCUUAGCACAAGCGACGCAUCAAACGCCAGGAAACCCGAACCUACCUCUGAGAUCACAGAGCUGAAAGCCUCAGUAGAAGCCUUAGCGAAGCAAUUCAAGAAACUUCAAACUAGACGGCGGAGAAGCCGAAGCAGAUCAAGGAAUAGACCUCACUACCGUAACAAGUCACCAGCAACAAAGGAGCAUACCGAUAUAUGUUACUAUCAUACUAGAUUCGGCAAAGAGGCUUACCAUUGCUUAACGCCAUGCAAGUGGAAGAAAGAGGACGCGGAAAACUAA